AUGCCCCUCACCGCUGAGUCUGUCCCCACCACUGGAGUGGAGGCAUUAUGGCGACCCUCUUCUCCCCAGGAUACUCAGAUAUAUGAUUUUAUGAAGCGAUCAAGUCAAAAGUAUGGAGUCCCUCUUGACAACUACAACGAUCUGUGGCAGUGGAGUAUCUCGGAAACUGCCAAAUUUUGGGAGGAGGUUUGGCACUAUACCGCCGUGAAGGCUCACAAACCAUAUGAACGAGUGUUGGAAGCGGAUAACCUCCUCUUUCCUAAACCGCGUUUCUUCGAGGGGAGCAGAUUGAACUUUGCUGAGAACCUCCUCUACCCAGCCAAUGCGUCCAAUGAAGAUGCUGUUGCGGUGAUCUCGGCUACCGAGUCGGAUCGAGAAUAUAUCUCGUGGAAGGAAUUACGGGAACGAGUUCGACAGUGUGCCAAUUCUUUGAAAGAAGCGGGACUGCAAUCUGGGGAUCGCGUGGCGGGUUUCCUAGGAAAUAAUGCCAAUACGGUCGUGGCCAUGCUCGCAACCGCAUCACUAGGUGCCUACUGGACUGGUGUAUCCCCUGACACUGGCGUGCAUGCAGUAUUGGAACGUCUCAAGCAGAUCGAACCCAAGAUUCUAUUCGCCGAUAACGCCUCCUUAUACAACGGAAAGGUUCACGGGUCUCAUGCCAAGGUCCGCCAAAUUGUGCCUGAGCUUUCACAUUUGGAGUUGCUGGUCAUUUUCGAGGCUGUCAAAUCUCACGAAUUCAACCUUGAUGGGGUCCAGCCGCUCCAAGGAAAAGCAUGCACAUACGACUCCUUCUUGUCCAUGGCCAGUGUCCCGUCGGCUCCUCUAGAAUUUGCGAGCUUAGAGCCUGACCACCCAGUCUAUGUCUUGUACUCUUCUGGCACUACCGGAGCUCCCAAACCUAUCGUACAUGGUUCCCUGGGGACACUGUUGCAGCACAAAAAGGAGCAUGUUCUUCAUUGCGAUAUUCGACCAGGAGAUCGCCUGUUCUAUUUCACCACCACUACUUGGAUGAUGUGGCAUUGGCUUGUCUCUGGUCUGGCUAGCGGUGCCACCAUUGUCCUUUACGAUGGUUCACCUUUUAGGCCAUUUGAUUCAGAAGGUGGAAACGGAGAGAUGGCUAUGCCGCGUCUCAUUGAUGAAUUGCAGAUUACACACUUUGGAACAUCUGCGAAAUACCUCUCGAUGCUGGAGCAGGCAUCGUUGAAUCCUCGAAAGCACCCCCAUCGUCCGGUAUCUUUGCAGAAACUGAAGGCCAUUUUCAGUACCGGUUCUCCAUUGGCCCCCUCGACGUUUGAAUACGUGUAUUCCUCUAUUCAUCCUGAUAUUAUGCUAGGCUCUAUCACUGGCGGUACCGAUAUCCUAUCUUUGUUCUGUGCCAGUUGUCCAAUUCUACCCGUUUACAAAGGCGAAAUUCAGUGCCGCUGUCUAGGAAUGGCUGUUUCUGUAUUUGAUUACGCUGGAAACGACAUUAGCGCCUCUGACGAGCCCGGUGAUCUUGUGUGCACAAGGCCAUUUACCGCUCAACCGGUCAUGUUUUGGCCACCUGGUCCUGUUGGAGCACAAAAAUAUCGCAAGAGUUACUUUGACGUAUUUGGGCCAUCGGUUUGGCAUCAUGGAGACUUUGUGCGCUUGAACCCACAGACUGGUGGUGUGACGAUGCUAGGCAGAAGCGAUGGUGUGCUGAAGCCAGCCGGGGUUAGAUUCGGAAGCGCAGAGAUCUACAAUGUUCUUCUGAAACAUUUUGCCGAGGAAAUCGAGGAUUCCCUUUGCAUUGGCCGAAGAAGAGAAGGGAUUGAUACGGACGAGACCGUGGUGCUUUUUGUGAAGCUCUCCUCUGCUGCUCCUACACUGUCUUCAGAUCUUGCGGCGCGCAUCCAGUCCACGAUCCGCAAGGAGCUCAUUUUGCGAGCCGUCGAGUCCGCGAAGCCAGUGGCUCGCGUGCCUCGUUCGGCGUCCAGAGGUUUCGCUACGGUCAAUAAUGAGGCCAAGGAUCCCGCAGAACUCGAACAGAUCACCACCUUGCCGAAUGGAAUCCGUGUCGCCACAGAAUCCUUGCCAGGUCCCUUCUCCGGCGUUGGAGUCUACGUCGACGCUGGGUCUCGCUACGAGGAUGCGAGCUUGCGAGGUGUGAGCCAUAUUAUGGAUCGAUUGGCGUUCAAGUCGACCAAGGCACGCUCAAGUGAUGAAAUGCUUGAGAUCCUCGAAGGUCUAGGAGGAAACAUUCAGUGUGCAUCUUCUCGCGAGUCGUUGAUGUACCAGUCUGCCAGUUUCAAUUCGGCUGUGCCGACGACUCUCGGUUUGCUGGCGGAGACUAUUCGUGAUCCGCUCAUCACCGAUGAGGAAGUGCUUCAGCAGCUGGCCACUGCCGAAUAUGAGAUUGGCGAAAUCUGGGCUAAGCCUGAGCUCAUCCUGCCGGAAUUGGUGCACAUGGCGGCUUACAAGGAGAACACAUUAGGAAACCCGCUCCUGUGCCCGGCUGAGAGGCUGAAUGAGAUAAACAAGGAUGUUGUGCAGAGAUACCGCGAGACUUUCUUCAACCCGGACCGGAUAGUCGUUGCUUUUGCCGGAGUGCCUCACGACCAGGCUGUCAAACUUACGGAGCAGCUCUUCGGUGACAUGAAGUCUAGCAAGUCAGGCGAUGGACCUGCUCUUUCUGGUGCUGGAAUCGAAACCACACUGUCAGACUCCGCGUCGGCCAAACGUGAAGGCCAGGUGCCGACUGUUCCUCAGUUCACACCGUCCUCGACCACAUCCACCUCGGCCUCGUCUCCGAGCUCCCAGUCAGGCAUUCUCUCCAAACUCCCCUUCUUGAAGAACCUCUCUCCUUCCACAUCACAACAAAGCUCCGUGUCGCCGCUGGACCCGUCUUUGAUCCAUCCGUCUUUGGAACUGACACGCCCUUCUCAUUACACUGGUGGAUUCCUUUCGCUUCCUCCAAUUCCUCCACCAGCCAGCCCAAUGCUGCCUCGGUUGAGUCACAUCCACCUUGCCUUUGAGGCCCUCCCUAUUUCGAACAACGAUAUCUACGCUCUCGCGACCCUUCAGACACUGUUGGGAGGAGGUGGUUCCUUCUCUGCCGGUGGUCCCGGCAAGGGAAUGUAUUCCCGUUUGUACACAAACGUGCUGAACCAGCAUGGAUGGGUUGAGAGUUGCAUUGCUUUUAACCACAGCUACACUGACAGUGGAAUUUUCGGGAUCUCAGCUUCGUGCAGUCCUACCCGGACCACAGAGAUGCUUGAGGUCAUGUGCCGGGAGUUGCAGUCGUUGACCCUCGACACUGGCUACAUGGCUUUGCAGCCCCAGGAAGUUAACCGUGCCAAGAACCAACUUCGGUCGUCGCUGCUCAUGAAUUUGGAGUCGCGUAUGGUUGAAUUGGAGGAUCUCGGUCGUCAAGUCCAGGUGCAUGGCCGCAAGGUUGGAGUUAAGGAGAUGUGCGAGCACAUUGAAGCCUUGACUGUUGAGGAUCUGCGCCGAGUCGCCCGACAGGUCUUUGGUGGCCAGGUUAACAACAAGGGACAGGGCACCGGUAUGCCUACUGUUGUGUUGCAAGAAGGCGAGCUGGAAGGAUACAGACGUCGCCCAUUCCCGUGGGAGGAAAUCCAGGAGCGGAUAGCCAGAUGGAAGCUGGGCAGAAGGUAA